GGCGAGGCAACCCAACUCUUGGGUAUGUGAAAGUAUUGAAAAACUUAGAGAAAAGAAAAUUCUUGUUCUCAGGAAGAAAAAUGUUUUCCUUCCGACGGAAGAAAAAGUAUCCUUGUCCUCCCAUCUCUGAGGGGUCGAAAAUGGAGUUUUCUAGUCAAAUAGUAAAAGAAGAUAAUAUUCUUGCUCCUCGUGAGCCCAACUCAAUUCACCGCCGCUGCGUUUCAUCCCACCCCUGCAGCAUUCGACUCCUAAAGAUGCUAUUUUGACCCGGCUACCGUCCCAUUACCCCAGUCUGGUGUAGUGCCCUUUCGGCGUGUACAGGCAGAGCAGGCUUUGGAAAGGGCUCGAGAGUUCGACUGUCGCUCGCUCGAUGGUUGUCGGAAUCGCGUCCGACCACUCCGACCGUCAGUACGAUGAUAACUCCCUACGCGUGCGGACCUCUGCACAGAACGAAAGAGCAAGAAGAAGAAGAGGAACAGUAUGAUGUCGAACACGAACACUACUCGACGCGCUACUCGCAAUGUUGCCUGCUAGACGGAGUGCCCCGACCGCCUGAUGUGCCUCCCCGGAACCCCACGAUGAGUCGGCUGAACGGGAGGCUAGCCUCUGCCCCUCCUGCGGACCCCUCGCAGGACUUCGAGCCGUCCUGCCUAGUGAGGACGCCGUCAGGAAACGUGUACAUACCCAGUGGAACGCUUAAUCAUCCAAACAGCAUCAAAAACCCCACAGUCGACUACAAGUCGAAUUCGUCUUGUAGCAGCCCUUCGAAAGAUUUGAAAAAUUCUACACACGAUUGGUGCGGUACAAGUCAUAUGAUGAACGAGGCGUUCGGCGGUCAAAUGCCAGGCUUGCCAGUGAGGAACAACCUGAGGAGGCCGAAUUCCUCACACUUUCCCCAGGCCAGUCGGUUUCACUUCAGGAAAGGCCUGGCGUCGAAAUGCACGUGGAAAUGCACGGCCAUUGCCUUCAUCAUGCUUUGCGUCGUCCUCACAGCCGCUCUAUCCUACAUCUCAGCAUCUAGUUUACUCAACUGGUCAUAUCAGAAUGCGAAGCCUUGCGAAGUCCUAGUGGGGGACAACACCCAGAUCAUUCCCGCAUCGAAAACCGCCCCGUCCGAAACGAAUCUCUCCACAUCCACACGACCGAAAACAUCGAAUUCAGGAGGUAAAUACAGCCCCCUAGCGCCUCCUAGAAAACGUAGACACAUUUUAGAUACCCCGCAUGACACCGUGUUAGCCAACGCCACUUCCAAAUCUAGUAGUUCGAUUAGUACUGGUGGCCAGGAUAGUUUGCAUGCUAGUACCAACACACCUUUGCAUGAUUUGAUCGAUAGAACUUCUCUUGUCGAUGCCACAACAACUAAUAACCCAACCGACAAUCAAGAUGAAUCAACAGAGCAAGCAAAUUCAUCUAGUUCUACCACCGGAAAACAUUUCGAAAUGUCGAUAGAAACUAGUAGUUCUGCAAGCUCAGAAAGUGCAGAACAAAAUGAUACUGAAAGGGAAAAACCUAUUGCCAGUACAGAACAACCAACUACUAGCACGGAAGAACCAGCUGCUAUUACGGAACAACCAGAUGCUAGUACAAAAUCCGGUGUUCCAUUGCCCAAAGACAUGAAUGAAGCAGUUGUGGAAACUACAGAAGAACCAAUUGACGAAGAAGUUGAGGGUAGUACCUCGGGUAGUACUGAAGAAGACCUCUUCGAUUCAUCGCUCUUCACAUUGGACAGAGACGCUUAUGACGAAAUCAACAAAGCCCAUGAAUCUUUCUCUUCAAACGAAGACUAUAAAUCACUAGAAGUACAAAAUGACGAGCCAAUAUUCUCCACCUAUAAAGAUCACGAUAUCCAAAUCAUCAAACUGCACGAUCAAAAUUUAUUGUCGACAACACAAAAAUCCAAGACAGUUUACCACAUCGAAUCUAGGAAUAAAGAUACCUCGAAAGAACUAACAGAUGCAAAUUUGUCCAUCCUUCCUAUGGAUUUGAACACCGAUCUGAAAAAAAUCAACUUCAACGAUCCAAUCAUCGCGAAAAACUCUUCCUCUAACAGCCAAGCUGAAUUUGAUACUAACCAACCUAAAGUGAAAGUUAUGAAUUUGUUUCCUACGACUAACUCCUCUAGCAUGCCGGCAUCAAGAAAAAUCCAGGUGAAUGUAACUAUAGCCACCGAGCCUGAUAUUAACUCUGUGCAAUCUGUAUAUGUGCUUUCUGUGUCUAUACCUAGUGAUGGUGGUGAGCCAAAUGUAGAUACCAAAGAAGUCAAAAUGACAGAUUCUCUCAGAACUUCUGAUAAAACCGUUACCGCAGCUCCGAAAGUUUUUGAGUUCGAAAAAGAUCAGUCAGGUGGCGCUUGUGAGUGCUCCUGUCCUUGUUUAGACUCAUCGAAUGAAUUUUCAGACCGUAAUUUCUACGAUUACGACAGUAUCCCGGUGAAAUCGUCCACAGCGAAACACCUGAACGUUUCAACCACUACCGAAGUUUCCUCACAAUCUUCUUUUACCUCUACAAGCGAACCUUCUACUUCAGACAGUUGGACUACUAAUUGUCCAGAAGUAACCACGAAACUGCCUCCGCCGCCUACCAUACUCAUUCUCGAAGGUGCACGAACUUUUCCAGCUCAAUCAUUCCCGCCUGACGGUACGACUUUUUCCCAAAUCGCCUUAGGCCAAAGAUUGUCGAAGGAAAUACCACCUUACGGCUACUGGAACAUGCAAUUCUACCAGUCUGAAGCGGCUUACGUUCAGUUCGAUUACAACAUACCUAGAGGCGCUAGCAUCGGGGUAUACGCCAGAAGAAAUGCUUUGCCUACUCACACGCAAUAUCACAUAUUGGAGGUACUCAGCGGAUUCAAGGCUAGGACUACAAGAGCAUCACAUCAAUCUACGGUAAAGAAGGAGGUGACCCACUACAUGGAGCAAGGCCACUGGUUCUUGUCGCUGUACAACGACGAUGGCGAUCCUCAAGAAGUGACAUUCGUGGCGGCCGUAGCUGAUGACAUGACCCACAACUGUCCCAAUGGCUGCAGUGGUAAAGGUGAAUGCCUCAUGGGCCACUGUCAGUGCAACCCUGGAUUCGGAGGGGAUGAUUGCAGCGAGAGUGUAUGCCCGGUGCUGUGUAGUCAGCGCGGCGAAUACAUCAACGGAGAAUGUCAAUGUAAUCCUGGUUGGAAAGGCAAGGAAUGUCAGCUGAGGCAUGACGAAUGUGAAGUGCCAGAUUGUAACGGGCACGGGCACUGCGCCAAUGGGAAAUGCAACUGCAUUCGAGGCUAUAAAGGAAAAUUCUGCGAAGAAGCUGAUUGUCCUCAUCCCACUUGUUCCACUCACGGAUACUGUGUAGAAGGAACUUGUAUAUGCAAGAAAGGCUGGAAGGGUCUCGAUUGCUCCCAAAUGGACAAAGAUGCUCUUCAAUGCCUUCCGGAUUGCUCUGGUCAUGGCACCUUCGACCUGGAAUCCCAAACUUGCACUUGUGAACCCAGAUGGUCUGGAGAUGAUUGUUCUAGAGAACUGUGCGAUCUGGACUGCGGUACCCACGGCCACUGUGUUUCUGAAGCUUGUCAAUGCAAUCCCGGCUGGUCAGGCGAGUACUGCAACCUGAAGCAAUGCGAUCCCAGAUGCAACGACCACGGCCAAUGCAAGAACGGUACUUGUCUAUGCGUGACCGGCUGGAACGGAAAACAUUGUACAAUCGAAGGAUGCCCGAACAGUUGCUCUGCCCACGGCCAGUGCCGAUUCAACACCGAAAACAUGUGGGAAUGCAGAUGCGACAUCGGUUGGGACGGCCCAGACUGUAGCCUGUUGCUCGAACAGAACUGCAACGAUGGUAGAGACAACGACAAAGAUGGACUGGUCGAUUGUGAAGAUCCAGAGUGCUGUAUGAACCCGGUGUGCAAAAACAGCCAGUUAUGCGUUUCCGCACCCAAACCUAUCGAUAUCUUACUAAGAAAGCAACCACCCGCCGUCACGGCUUCGUUUUUCGAAAGGAUGAAAUUCCUCAUUGACGAAGGAAGCUUACAGAACUAUGCUAGACAAGAAACUUUCAACGAAAGCCGCUCUGCAGUAGUACGUGGCCGAGUUACUACUCAAAUGGGAACUGGUCUCAUGGGAGUCAGAGUCAGCACCAGCACCCCUCUGGAAGGAUUCACUCUCACCAGAGACGAUGGCUGGUUCGACCUCCUAGUCAAUGGCGGAGGAGCCGUGACCCUACAAUUCGGUAGAUCUCCCUUCAGCCCUCACAGCAGAAUUGUCUUUGUGCCGUGGAACGAAGUAGUCAUCAUCGAGAACGUUAUCAUGACGACCGGAGAGGAAAGAUCCGUCAGUAUCAUUCCACAACCUUGCAGUUGGCACAACUAUGAUACAAUGAAACCUGUGGUACUAGCGACGUGGAAGCAUGGUUUCCAAGGAGCUUGUCCAGAUAAGAGUGCUAUUUUGGCCGAAUCCCAAGUGGUUCAGGAGAGCCUACGUAUUCCUGGGACCGGUCUCAACUUGGUGUAUCAGAGCUCACGCGCUGCUGGGUAUCUCUCCACCAUACAGCUACAACUCACGCCCGAAGAAAUUCCUCUAGACCUGAAGCUGAUCCAUUUACGAAUCACCAUCGAGGGCAUCUUAUUCGAAAAAAUCUUCGAAGCUGAUCCAGUAAUUAAAUUUACUUAUGCUUGGAACAGGCUGAACGUAUACCGCCAAAGAGUAUACGGAGUUACAAACGCUAUAGUCAAGGUUGGGUACGAGUAUAGCGAUUGCAAGGAUAUCAUAUGGGACGUCCAAACUACGAAACUGAGUGGACAUGACAUGAGUAUAUCUGAAGUGGGCGGCUGGAAUUUAGAUAUACACCACAGAUAUAAUUUCCAUGAAGGUAUCUUACAAAAGGGCGAUGGUUCAAACAUCUACCUGAAACAUAAACCACGAGUGAUUUUAACGUCUAUGGGAGAUGGUCACCAAAGACCAUUAGACUGCGUUGAUUGUGAAGGCCAGGCAACUAGACAGCGUCUAUUAGCACCUGUUGCUUUAGCAAGCGCGCCAGAUGGUUCUCUUUUCGUCGGUGAUUUCAAUCUAGUCAGGAAGAUCCAGACUGAUGGUAUUGUGAGAACUAUCGUGCGACUCAACGCCACUCGAGUUUCCUACCGCUACCACAUGUCUCUCAGCCCACUGGACGGUACCCUCUACAUAUCUGACCCAGAAUCUCACCAGAUCAUCAAAGUUCGUAGUAAUGAUGACUACACAGAUCCGGACCACAACUGGGAAACGGUAGUAGGCUCGGGAGAAAGAUGUCUGCCUGGCGAUGAAGCGCACUGUGGAGACGGUGCCUUAGCUAGGGACGCGAAACUUGCUUACCCUAAAGGAGUAGCGGUGUCUAACGACAACGUUUUGUACUUUGCCGACGGUACCAACAUCAGAAUGGUCGAUAGAGACGGUAUAGUGACUACGGUGAUCGGCAACCACAUGCACAAGUCGCACUGGAAGCCGUUGCCGUGCGAGGGUACUUUGAACAUCGAAGAGGUCCACUUGAGAUGGCCUACUGAGCUAGCUAUCAAUCCAUUGGACAACACUUUGCAUAUUAUCGAUGAUCACAUGAUUCUUCAACUCACCCUUGAUGGUAGAGUAAAAGUUAUUGCUGGAAGACCACUUCAUUGCGCGUCGCCAUUGACUGGGUACGAUAUCGAUAUCGCUACACAUGCAACUCUUGUAAUGCCUCAAAGCAUAGCGUUCAGCUCUUCAGGAGAUCUGUACGUAGCGGAGAGCGAUUCACAGAGGAUAAACAGAGUGCGGGUGAUUGGUACCGAUGGUAAAAUAUCCCCGUACGCUGGUGCAGAGUCUAAAUGCAACUGUUUGGAACGAGGUUGCGACUGUUUCGAGGCCGAUCACUACUUAGCCUCCAACACCAAAUUCAAUACCAUAUCUGCAGUGACGGUAAGCCCGGAUGGUCAUGUUCAUAUCGGAGACCAAGCAAAUUACAGGAUACGAUCCGUGAUGGCGAGCAUACCAGAUGCUAGUAUUUCACGAGAGUACGAGAUCUAUUCUCCUGAGACGCAAGAGAUUUACAUAUUCAACCGUUUUGGACAACACAUCGCUACUAAGAACAUUCUCACAGGCGAAUCCAGCUACGUUUUCACCUACAACGUGAACACAAGUAACGGUAAACUGAGCACUGUGACUGACGCUGCUGGCAACAAAGUGUUCCUAUUGCGAGACUAUUCUAGUCAAGUUAACUCGAUAGAAAACACGAAAGGACAGAAAUGCAGGCUCCGUAUGUCAAGAAUGAGGAUGCUGUAUGAGCUAAGCACGCCUGAUAAUUAUAACGUUACUUUCGACUAUCAUGGACCUACCGGCUUACUGAAAACAAAGCUGGACAGCAGUGGACGUAGCUACGUUUACAACUACGAUGAAUUUGGACGGCUAGUUUCAGCAGUGACUCCUACCGGCAAAGUAAUUAGUCUGUCCUUCGAUUUAAGCAUCAAGGGAGCUACUGUGAAGGUCAGCGAAAAUAAUAAGAAACCUGUCUCCAUGCUUAUAAAAGGCUCCAGCGUAUCCACAAAGAUCGAAGACGUAGAAAAUCGUAUUAUUCUACUAGCCGAUGGAAGCGCAACAAGUAUAUCAUCCUGGACACAUUCUAUCACCACUGAUACUGUACCUUACAAUAUCCUGGCAGAUAAGGAACCUUUGCUGGGUGAAAGCUAUCCAGUCCCGGCGAAACAAAGAACCGAAAUCGGUGGAGAUUUAGCGAAUAGAUUUGAAUGGAGAUACUUUGUUCGUCCCAAUCCCAACUCUAAAGGCAACAAAAACUCCAUACCAAGAACAAUCACCAAGGUCGGCAAGAAGCUCAGAGUGAACGGAGAGAAUUUGCUCACAAUGGAAUACGAUAGGGAAACUGCUUCUGUGUCAGUUUUCAUGGACGACAAGGUUGAAUUGUUGAACGUAACGUAUGACAGAUCAGCUAGACCUGUGCGAUGGGGUCCUCGAAACGGAAUUUUCACUGAAGUGGAACUAGAGUAUGACAGAUUUAGCAGAUUGAGUAAAUGGAAAUGGGGAGAACUUAGCGAGACUUACGGCUUUGACAGAGCCGGUAGACUCAACGAAAUCAAAUAUGGUGAUGGAUCAUCGCUCGUAUAUGCAUUCAAGGAUAUGUUCAGUAGCCUACCUUUGAAGGUUAGCACACCUCGAGGUUCCGACUACCUCCUGCAAUACGACGACUCAGGUGCUCUUCAAUCUCUAACAACUCCGAGAGGUCAUAUCCACACAUUUUCUCUACAGACCUCCCUUGGUUUCUUCAAAUACCAGUACUUCUCACCGAUGAAUCGCCACCCCUACGAAGUGAUGUACAAUGAUGAUGGACAAAUUCUUGCUAAAAUCUACCCACACCAGUCUGGAAGGGUUUCCUUCGUCUAUGACGAUGCCGGUAAGCUAGAGACCACGCUAGCCGGUAUGAGCUCUACCCAUUUCGUAUACCACGAGGUCCUGGAUCUAGUGAAGAGUAUAGAAAUCAUCGAGCCUAAUUUCGAGAUGCGACAGGACUUUAAGUAUCACGCGGGGAUUCUCAAAGACGAGAAGAUCAAGUUCAGUAGCAAGAGUGGCUUGGACAAUGCACACUACAAGUACCAGUACGACGGAAACGCAAGGAUAUCUACCAUAGAUGUUGAUAUCAACGGAAAAGAGUUGCCUCAACUCAGGCUCAAGUACAACCAGAACUUGGGUAUCUUGGAAGGCAUCAGCGACCUCAGGGUAUACAGAAACACUUUCAACCGUUCGGUAAUGCAAGAUACUACCAAACAGUUCUUCACCAUCACUGACUAUGACGACCAUGGCAGAGUCAAGUCAAUACUGAUCAACAUAAAGUCGUUCGACGUGUUCAGGCUAGAGGUGGAGUAUGAUACCAGAAAUAGGAUCAAGAUGCAGAAGCUCAUGGUGGGACGUAGCCAAUUCUUGGAUAGGAUAGCAUAUAAUUCAGAUGGGCAUGUCCUUGAGGUAGCCGGUACGAGCAAUUGGAAAUAUGUUUAUGAUGAAAACGGCAAUAUCAUCGCAGUUAUUAAAGAGAAAGAGAAGAUAUCGCUUGGGUAUGACAGCGGUGAUAGAGUGGUGCAGUACGGUGACGUAGAAUUCAAUAGUUAUGACAGCCGUGGGUUCGUAGUGAGACGUGGCGAGCAAAAAUACCGAUACAACUCUAGAGGGCAGCUGAUACACGCCUUCGAGCGUGACAAGUUCCAGACUUGGUACUUCUAUGACGACAGACAACGGCUUGUAUCCUGGUACGAUGACAAAGGCAAUGUCACGCAAUAUUUCUACUCGAACCCUAGCACUCCUGAUCUAGUAACUCACGUUCACUUCCCCAAGUCUGGUAGGACCUUCAGGUUCCUUUAUGAUGCUAAGGAUGUAAUCAUAACUGUGGAAACAUCUGAACAAAGGUUCUAUGUGGCUUCGGAUCAAAAUGGCUCCCCGCUAGCGCUAUUUGACAUUAAUGGAAACCUAAUUAAGGAAAUUAGAAGGACACCUUUCGGAAACAUACUAUUAGACACUAACCCGGACUUUUACCUGCCUGUGGAUUUCCACGGUGGUAUUUUAGACCCCAAUACCAAACUCGUUUAUACAAACAAGCGACUAUACGACCCAGUGGUAGGGCAAUGGAUGACUCCAGCUUGGGAACGUCUAGCUACGAGACUGACCACGCCUACUGAUGUUUUCAUAUAUAGAUUCCACAAUAACGAUCCAAUCAACUCCAAGAUUUCCAAUGACUAUAUGACUAAUCUCAACAGCUGGUUGAGGCUAUACGGAUACGAUAUGGAGAAAAUGCUUGGCUCCCAGUAUAUCGGUGACAUGGUCUACCGACCCAAAGCUACUGUCACUGCUCCCCAAUUGGCUCCUGAUUUUGGUAUAAUGUCUGGAUUGCAGUGCAUAGUGGAUAAGAUCAAUGAGAAAUUCAUGGAUCUCAGUUUUGUGCCCAAACCGUUGCUGAAGAUGGAACCCCGUACUAGGAAUCUCCUACCACGUGUUGCAUAUCGCCGAGCUGUAUUCGGUGAAGGCGUCUUGAUAUCUCGUGUGGGCAGCAGAUCCCUAGUGAGUGUCGUUGAGGGUGUCAACGGUGUCGUCCAAGAUGUCGUCACCUCCGUCUUCAACAACUCCUUUUUCCUCAAUCUCCAGUUCAGCAUCCAUGACCAAGACGUCUUUUAUUUCGUGAAAGAUAACGCGCUCAAAAUCAGAGACGACUUGGAGGAGUUGCACAGGCUCGGAGGCAUGUUCAACGUUUCGACCCACGAGAUUAGCGAUCACGGGUCAGCGACGCCAAUCAAGGAGCUGAGGUUACAUAACCCCGACGCGGUGGUUAUCAUCAAAUACGGGGCUGACCCCGAUCAGGAGACGCACAAGAUACUCAGGCAUGCGCACAAGCGCGCGGUCGAACGCGCUUGGGAGAUUGAAAAACAACUUGUGGCCGCCGGGUUCCAGGGCAGAGGCGAGUGGACGGAGGAAGAAAAGGAAGAACUUAUCUCACACGGAGACGUGGACGGGUACGAGGGUGUAGACAUACACAGCAUACACAAAUACCCGCAACUGGCAGACGAUCCUGGCAACGUUGCCUUCCAACGCGACACGAAAAGAAAGAGGAGGAAGAGUGGCGUGAGAAGAGCUAGAUUGCACAGGCACGAGUCGUGAUUGUCGAGAAGAUCUGGUGAUAUUUCGUGAAUGAAGGAGAUAUUUUUUAUGUGCCAUACACUGCAUGAUGACUUCAAAUCAAAUCCUAGUCGAUAUUUUUCUUAAACACAUGGCGUUAUUUUUCGCGAGCAUAGCCAUGACUGUCCAAUAAUGAAAUAUUUCUUGACUGUGUUGUGUAAAAGCAAUCAAAAGGCCUAUUUGAUAACGAAUAGAAGAGUUUUCCUACAGGGUAGCCGAGUUACUCUAAGGACUUAGGUACGGAGUUGUUCGAAUUCCAGGCUGAUUAAAAAGUUUUCGAAAUACCUUAAGAGCGGUAAACCGGUGAGCACCGAGUUUGAAUGACGCCGUAACAAAAAAAACCUACUAAAGACUCUCUGAACAUAGUUUUAUUAGUUAAGGCAAAACAAGAGAAACUGUACAUAAUAUCAGAAGCUUUUUAUAUGGAACUAAAUAGUGAAAUUGCUAUGAUUGAGUAUGGAAUGAUUGUUUUCUAGGCAAUGGCUAAAUCCACGCCAGAAGAAGAAUGCGGUUUUUAUCAAUUCCUUAUACAUCUGCUCAUACAUGAUAGAACUAAUCAAUAUAUAGAUCAGAAGUCAUUUUAUUUAGAGUUCAGAAUUCAUACACCUAUUGAACGUCUUGUAUCUUUUAUAUGGGGUAGGCAUUUGACGUGACUUUAGUCAGGGCCGAUUUUUAUGCUGCAAUUUCUUAUGACGAUCUUGUCAUUGAAUAAUGUAGCAUUCGACUGAUAUAUAUUUAUUCAUUCACAAUGAAUGUAGGUACAUAUUCGAAGCAUAUAAUAAAUAGUCCAUAGAUGUACAUAUUUAUUUAUGAUUUCUUAUUAAGUUUUCCAAUUUUAUAUUUGGUGCUUUUUCUCCACAUCUAUCGAUAUAUAGAUUUUCCAGGGCCGUCAGUAACCGUUCAAUGGGCCAUGUAUCAUUAGAAUAGCGUACUAUGACUUAUAAAUAUCGCAUCAUAGAAAAGAAAGUAAUGAAACUAUUCAAUUAUACAUUUAUGUAAUUCUAUUUGUUUGCCAUAUAGCUGAUGUAAGUACAGACGAAUAUUAGGUACAGCUGUUUUAAUGAUAAAUGAACUCUUUUCUAAGAAUUUUUUGUACUGUAAUUGAGUGAUGAAUUUUUCGAAUUCGUUUGAUGAGAAUGUGAGGUGGGAUAGAAACUUGGAUAGGUGAUAUUUUUUCUAAUGUGACUAACAAAGCAAUACUUUGUAUCUUAUAUAUGUCUUAAUUAUUCUUAAAUUAUUAUUACGUGCAAUUGUUGUGUGACUGUUUCUGAACAGUCAGCACUAGUAAUGCAUUGAAAAAAUAUGAUGACCAUAUUCGUGAAAUAUUAAUACCAAUAUUUUAUGUGUGUAUAUAAAUUUAUUGUGUAUAUUGUUUUUAUAUGUAAAUAUAUUUUGUUUUAUUCGGUAAUAUACUCGUUUAUUAAAUGCAGAACUAUUUAUCAA